AUGAGACUACCGAUGCCCUGUAAUAAAGUUCUUGCGACAUACGUAUGGAUUGAUGGUUCCGGAAUAAAUUUGAGAAAUAAGGACAGAAUAUUAAGUUGCACUCCUUAUAACCCAGAAUCUGCACCAAACUGGGCAUUUGAUGGCAGUUCCACCGGACAAGCAACGACCGAUAACUCGGACACCGUUCUUAAACCGUGUGCCGUUUUCAGAGAUCCGUUUAGAAUGGAGCCCCAUGUUUUAGUUUUAUGUGACGUCUAUACAAGUGAUGGUAAACCAGUAGCUACAAACCACAGGAAGUUUUGCAACGACUUAUGUGAGUUCCACAAGGCUGAAGAACCUUGGUUUGGUUUGGAGCAGGAAUAUACCAUGUUGGAUGUCGAUGGCUGGGGCUUAGGUUGGCCUAAAGGCGGUGGUUUCCCUGCCGUAAAGUAUGAGUUUUCGUACUGUGGAGUUGGAGCAAAGUAUGCCGUAGGACGUGACAUAUCUGAGUGUCACGCAAAAUCUUGUCUCUAUGCUGGUUGUGAUUUUGAAGGUACUAAUGCCGAAGUUAUGUUUUGUUCUUGGGAAUUUCAAAUCGGUACAACUGUAGGCAUCAAAGCUCCAGAUGAUUUAUGGAUUUCGCGAUAUAUCAUGUCGCGAGUUGCUGAAGACUUUGGCGUCGAUGUAACAUAUCAUCCAAAACCCAUGGGUCCGAAACAUCCCGGGAUAGGUAUGCACCAUAACUUCAGUACAAAAACAAUGCGCUCAGAUGGUGGGUACAAAUUUAUUGAAGAAUGUGUCAAAAAACUUGAAGCUAAUCAUAUGAAACAUAUGAAAAAUUAUAGUGUUGAUGAAAUGGGUAAUAGAAUGCGCCUAUCGGGUAAAUUUGAAACUGCUCCAUUUGAGAAGUUUUCAUGGGGAGUUGCCAACAGAAAAGCAUCCAUUCGAAUCCAACGGGGAGUUCAGAAGAAGGGUAAAGGCUUUUUUGAAGACCGACGACCAGCUGGCGAUUGUGAUCCGUAUUUGGUUUGUGGAUUAUUGCUGGAGACAUGUUUAGGUCCAGCUGGUGGUAGCGGCGGCAGGGCUUGCAAG